UGCCAGUGUGCCACCACCUCCUUCUUCCCCAAGACUUCCAAUCCAAUCUCCUCGCCGCCCUCGCGAUCUCCGCCGGCGCGGUCGCGACCAUGGCGUUCAGCAAGAUCAAGGUCGCCAACCCCAUCGUCGAGAUGGACGGUGACGAGAUGACUCGAGUGUUCUGGAAAUCUAUCAAGGAUAAGCUUAUCCUUCCGUUCUUGGACUUGGACAUCAAGUACUUUGACCUCGGACUUCCAUACCGUGAUGAAACCGACGACAAGGUCACAGUGGAGGCAGCGGAGGCUACCCUCAAGUACAAUGUGGCCAUCAAGUGUGCAACCAUUACACCAGAUGAAGCAAGGGUUAAGGAGUUCAACCUGAAAUCUAUGUGGAAGAGCCCAAACGGCACAAUUAGGAAUAUCCUAAACGGCACUGUGUUCAGAGAACCAAUUAUCUGCAAAAACAUUCCUCGUCUUGUUCCAGGAUGGACUAAGCCCAUUUGCAUCGGAAGGCAUGCAUUUGGUGAUCAGUACCGUGCAACAGAUGCAGUUAUCAAGGGACCUGGCAAGCUUAAAUUGGUUUUUGAGGGAAAAGAUGAGGAGAUUGAGCUGGAGGUGUUCAACUUUACUGGUUCUGGAGGAGUGGCACUGUCUAUGUACAACACCGACGAGUCCAUCCAUGCAUUUGCUGAGGCUUCUAUGGCUACUGCUUAUGAGAAGAAAUGGCCACUGUACCUCAGUACCAAGAACACAAUUUUGAAGAAAUACGAUGGCAGGUUCAAGGACAUCUUCCAGGAGGUAUAUGAAGCUCAGUGGAAAUCAAAAUUUGAGGCUGCUGGAAUUUGGUAUGAACAUCGUCUUAUUGAUGACAUGGUUGCCUAUGCACUUAAGAGUGAAGGAGGCUAUGUUUGGGCUUGCAAGAAUUAUGAUGGAGAUGUGCAGAGUGAUUUCUUAGCACAAGGUUUUGGAUCAUUGGGUUUGAUGACAUCAGUUUUGGUAUGUCCUGAUGGGAAAACCAUUGAAGCUGAAGCUGCCCAUGGGACUGUCACCCGUCAUUACCGUGUUCAUCAGAAAGGCGGUGAAACCAGUACAAACAGCAUCGCCUCAAUCUUUGCGUGGUCAAGAGGACUUGCACACAGGGCAAAGCUAGAUGACAAUGCUAGGCUUCUGGACUUCACCAAGAAGCUUGAGGCCGCCUGCAUUGGCGCAGUAGAAUCUGGGAAGAUGACCAAGGACCUUGCCCUUCUUGUUCAUGGAUCUUCAAAUGUCACAAGGAGUCAUUACCUGAACACUGAAGAGUUCAUCGAUGCGGUUGCUGACGAGCUAAGAUCAAGACUGGCAACCAACUAAAGCUGAACCGGCGCACCUUGAUGUUACAGAUUCAAUUUUCAUGAAUUUUGCGUGAUUUGUAGUUGGAUAUCACAAAUAA